GAUUCAUCUUUAUAAUUUUCAAUUUUUGGUGUGACGACGACAAGAAAUAAUGACUACUUUCUUGAAAACCUUAUUGUUGAACAGUAGAAAAAGUUCAGCGUUGUGGCCUCCUUAUUUUAAUUUAUCGACAAGAUCGUUCUGCGCCAAACCACUAAGAUCCGAGGAGAGUAAUAUCCACCAAAAUGAUUUGGCGUCUGUUACUCCUCAGAAUGAAGAACUGGAUAAAUUAUACAAGACCAUAGAAUUUGAAUGUCGUAGCAACGAUCGUGCAGUAUUAAGGAGUUACACUCAAUUUGCAACAAUGGCUGCAAAUGAACUAGGGAUUCAAAUCGGUAAAUGCUGGUCCCCACGUAAAGCUCACCACGAACGAUACACAUUAUUACGUUCUAUUCACGUCCAUAAAAGGUGUAGAGUACAGUAUGAAGUAAGAACGUGGUUUAGAUUCAUUCAUUUCCAUAAGCUUACUGGUUCUACUGCAGAAACCUUUUUGGAGUAUGUUCAAAGAAAUUUACCGGAAGGGGUUGCACUUAAAGUCACCAAAGUACUUUUAGAAAAUAUUCCUGAAAGUGUUUCAUCGCAUAUGACUUCGGAAAUAGCUUAAAUGAUAUAUUGUAAUAUAUUACUCUUAGUUUUUUAUGGUGAAAAAAAUUUUUUUUUAUGUAACACAAUUUCUAUAUAGUAAAAACUGUAAAUUAAAUUUGACUGAUUUGAA